AUGGGAGUAGCGGCGGCGAUUGGAGUGUUGUCACCGUUUCCGUUUUACUACUAUCUCUGGAAUUGGCCCCAAUCAUGGGUGGAGUUCUGUGGUAAAGGUCGAGACCCUUCUAAGGUUAUGGCUCACGUUGCUCAUUUCUUGAAGCUCGUUCAGUUCAUCUCCCUCAUCUCUGUCUCUUCAUUUCACUGGCCUCCUCCAUUCUACUUUUGGCCCCUUUUUGCUUUUGGUCAAUUCCUAAACUUCAGGGUUUAUCAGCUACUCGGUGAGGCUGGCACAUACUAUGGAGUACGUUUUGGAAAAACUAUUCCCUGGGUUACUGAGUUUCCUUUUGGUGUCAUCAAAGACCCUCAAUACGUUGGCAGCAUUAUGAGUCUUCUUGCAUGCCUCUCGUGGGUUCCUUUUGAAUACAUUCUCCUUUGGGUUUUAGGGUAUGUGUUUAUGAUGCAUGUGGAAUCAAAAGAAGAUCCAUCUACUCGUGCCAAGCCACUCCUCUGA